CAUCUAGUCACGCUGUAUAUCGGCACUUCGGCAGUGCGGAGGGCGUUGCGCAGAACGUCGUGGUUUGCCGCACCCCUUCCCACCGCACUGUUCGAUCCCCUCUUUGGCCUCUGUUGAUCUUUCCGUCCUUUCGCCCGCACUUAGCUAGAAAUUUAACCGACCAAGAAAUACUUUCGAAACCUGACUUGCUUAAUUUAACAUGGCUUGAUCGUUCGUCACCUGUGCAGAAUAUGCAUCGAUAAUGAAAUCCUCGAAUUGUGAGUGUAGGCACAAGCUUAGAUCUUGAGGAAUCAAAUCCUCGCUCUUCACUGGGAACUUCAGAAUGCUGCUUUUGUGGGGAGUUUUGGUCUGUGCCAGUGCAUGGACAUCUCUCUAUUAUGUCAUUAAAAAUAUUUUCAAAUUGGAGUCAGAGUGGGCAUGUCGCUUACUGACUGCAUGUCAUGCUACUAUUGUGACAACCCUUGGUGGAUUUUCAUGUUACUACGGGCCAUGGCCUUUUACAGAUCCAGGUGGUCCUAACACUUUAAUGCAAAUAACAACACUUAUUAUUUGCUUGGGCUACUUCCUUUUUGACUUCAUUUGGUGUAUUUAUCAUCAGACUGAAGGUGUGACAAUGCUCAUUCAUCACGCUGUGAGUAUUUAUGCAAUUAGCCGGAUUCUAAUGAAAGGAGUUUCUGGAACAGAGGCUGUGGCUGGAAUUGCUGGUUUGGAAAUGACUAACCCAUUCCUUCAGUUACGUUGGUUUCUACGGUCAUUGGGCUACAAAGACACACUUGCUUUUGUAAUUGUCGAAAUAAGUUUUAUGUUAAUGUUUUUCUUUAUGAGAAUUCUAGGUGGUGGUUAUUUAUUUUAUAAAACUAUAUUACAUCCUAAACCUGAUUGUGAAUCUAAAGCAUUAGCUGGUGCAUUUUAUGUAAUUUCUUGGAUUUUUAUGAUAUACAUUACACAGUACUUUUACGCUAAAUAUUGUUGUAAGUCACGAUUGAAAGAAAAUGAAAAGGAAGCCAAGAAAGUCACUUAGGUGCAUCCUCUGACCUCUAUAUAAAAAAGUAAAAAAUUACUAUAAAGGAAAUAAUUGUCACUAAAUUUAAUGAGCAAUUUUUUGAACAUUGGUAUUCAAUGGCCAUUUUUACAACAUACACAUUGCCAAAAAAGUAUUGGCAGUAUACUACUGCAAUAUUAUCUCUUUUAAUUUUAUGUACAUUUUUGCUGCAUAUUUUUAAAUGUGUAAUACAAUCCAUGUGUGUAUUCUUGUAGUAUGCAUAAUACAACUUAACAUCCCUUCAACAUUUUAGAUGCUUGACAUUGAUUUCAUUUUUAAGGUUUGACUGAAGUAGUAUUGAGGUGAAAUUUAAUGUUUGAAUUAUAUUCAGACUGACAUUUGUGACUUGUAAAGAUUUUUUUAAUAAAGGUAUGUAGGCAGACAAUUUUUUUAAGUUAAUUAAGAUGUUAAUUAAGAUGAUUAAGAAGGAAUUUGUUGAUACGUAUUGAUUCACAACUUAUUAUUUAUUAUACUAUUUACUUAUACAAAUAGGUUAAAAAAUAUAUAUUGCUUGAAGUCCUACAUUUCAGUAUUUGCUUUUAAAUAUUUUUAAUAUUAAAUAUUUAUUAUCAAUAUAAAUAUAUUAAUUUUUUGAGUUGAUUCAAACCUAGUCAAAAGGGUAUUCAGCAGUUUGAAAAUUUGAGAGUUGAAAAUAAAAAACGACUCCCAAUGCAAACUAAUGCAAAUAAAAUUCUUCUAGGUAAAUUCAGUUUAGUGAACAAAUUGUCUCAAUAUUAAUCAAUCUGAGAUUGAAAGAGAAGGGCAUUAGUUUGCUAAUUUUGAUAUUUUAAGGUUUAUUUGCUGCUAAAUUAUUUAUUGCUUUAUUAAAGAAUUAGUGAAUUCUGUCUACAUGAGAAACAGAUUUCUUCAGAACCCAAAUUUUUUGAUAUACCAGAAGUACUGAGAAUGGUCACCUUUCCAAAUUAUUCUCUAAUGAUACAUGUAUAUUGCAAAUAGUGUAAGUGGAGAUACUGCAUAUUUCUCACAAGUUGAAAUAUUUUCAAAGGUGUUAUGGUUCUUUCACUUUUAGAUUAAAAUAUUAUAAUUUAUUACAAAAAUUGGUCAUAGAUGAUGAGUAAACGAACUGCAGAUUGCUUUACCAGUUGUGGUAAUUUUUUUUCAAAUUGUUGUUGAUAAUGGUAAAUGAAAUAACUUAAUGUUUGCUUUUAACUUGCAUCUUUUCCUAUUUCUGUAACUUUAUCAGUAUUGUUACGUCUGAAAUAAUCUAUGAGGAGUAGAUUUCAAGUGUAUUUUCUAUUGAUUUAAUAAGUAAUUUUAAUAAGAUGGAAAGGAAAAAGAACAAAAACAUUUUAAUAGUAACUAUGAUAAUAAUUGUACAUUGAAGUUGUCCUAAGUCUAUUUUACCUCUUUCAUCAGAACUUGCACUGAAACUAUUUGAUACACGUAUCUACAAAAAUGUAUCAAAAUAAACAAUAAUUCUAAUCUUCUGUAUAAAACCUUAUUAUUUAUCUGGGAAUUAAAUUUUUGUGCAGUAUGUAAUGUAUGAUAUAAAAUGGAAGAAACUUGGAAAAAAUUAAUACCCCAAUUUUGUGAUAUAACUAAUGCACAUGCUGCAAUUUUGUAAUGUAAUAAUUAAUAUAUUGAAUCAGAGAAGAAAAUUAUUUUUAGAAUAGCAGUUUUUGGAGAGCAGGUACUCUAGUGUUGUGGAUCAUCUUGUGCUAGAGAAUAUUUGAAUUUAGGUGUAACUGAAUUACAAGCAAUGAACAAAGGUGAAUCAGACUAAAAAUUUGGAGUAUAUCUCCUUCCAUGUUGAAUGGCUUUACCAAUUUGCCUUCUGAUGGUAUUUAUUCUAAACAAAUAAAAAAUGCAAGUGCAUAUAUUUUUUAAAAUUUCGAAUAAGUAAAUCAUCUCAACAAUUUUCAAGGAAUAAACACUGUGUUGUUUUAUCUGAGGUUGUUCCUGAGGAGGGGAAUUUUAGGAAUCUUCACCUGAAAUAAAAGUUAGUUUUCCAAAUUCAGUCCAUGAAUAUUUAAUUCCUAGUAAUUAAAUUAUAAAAUUCAUUUGAAAAAAGGAAAUGUUCAUUAAAUAUCUGGCAAUAAAUAAUAUUUAUACAUAAACUCAAUUGUCAUCAAUCUGUCACUAUCUUGGAAUGGCUAUUACCUGAGUAUCAAAAUAUAGGCACUGUCCAGGACCAGUUGUAGAUCUGACAAUAGUGUCUAAAUGUAUCAAAACAUAUUUUUUCCCAAAAAUGUCAAAUAGAAUGUGUAUGUCAUUUUGAGACCUCAAGAUACGAUAUAUUUUACAUAUUAUGCAUUGUACAAUUUCACAGGUGAUUUCACAAGUGAUAAUCAUAAAUGAUAAUUUUUCAGUUCACGUAUGGAAAAAACAAGCCCUUGUAUUACUUUCACUUAACUUUAAAUGAUAUUUUGUGGAGUCAUUAAACCAACUAAAAGCUGGUGAGACUAAUUAAGAUAAGGGAAUAAUUUAUUUUCUUACAUGGUAAUGUCAUUUCUUUUCUGAAUAUUUGGGAAAGUUGCAGUUGUGCUUCUUGUUCAAAAUAUUUAAAAUUACUUUUUUACAUUUAAAAAUGAAUUCAGCCCAUGAAUUCUGUUAAAAAAUCCAAUUUUUUUUACUAAAAUGUCAACUACCAUACAUGUUCUGAAUUCAAAUUGUCCUUGUAAGAAAUUGAUAUCACACAUGCAUCAAAUAAAUAAUUUCUCAAAAGGAAGACUGAAUCAUAGUUAAUAAUUGAAUCAUGCAUAUGUUUCUAUAAUACUGAUUAAAACACAAUUGUGAAUAUUAUCAUUGAAUGACAAUAAAUAUGAAAAAUGCAGUUGAAAUGAGAGAUAAUGUUUAUUGUCAAAUUUUAAUAGUGAACACACAUUUUGAAUUAUCAGGGCAGCAAUUUAAAAAAAGUUAUGUCAGCUAUUUGCAGAAUGUUGUAAAUUGUUAGAUAUUUUAGUCCAAACAUUUAAUCUUAGAUUGUCGUUCUAGAAAGAUGCUUCACUGGUAAUUCAAAAUUGUCAUGUUCCUGGAAUUAUUAAAAGUAUGGGCUAUUAUUUGUAUUAUGAACUAUUUGUGUGGAGAAAGUUCUCAAGUUGUCUAAUUUGUGAGAAAUAUGAAGUAAUUCAUGUUUUAAGAUGUUACAUAACACAAAAAUCCCUUGCUAGACAAUAUAGAAAAUUACAUAUAAAGUAUUUUCAAUUGUAAUAAUAUAUUUGAAAAUAAUGUUUUUAGUAUUUCGCCAAAGCUUUUAGAUAAUAAUUUGCCAUGCUUCAAAAACACUACUGCUCUAUUUGGCCUUUGUAUAUUAUCUAUUGUGUGAAAAAUGAAAACAUUUAAAUAUUUCGAACAUAACAUAAUUGUUACAAUGUUUUUUGAAUAGAACAUAGAAUAUACUUUUUUUCUUUACAUAUAGUGCACAUUGUUAGUUAAGCAUAGCAUUUGAAAGAAAGAAAAUAUUUUAUUUUGAAAAAAGAAAUGGCUGUUCAAAUUUUCUCUGACAUUACUAUUCAGAGUUAAUCAUUUUUGAACUUAACUAAUCAAAAUUAGUACAGUAUUUUUCAUUAUAGGUCCCUCUUGAGGAAAUGCAUAAUUGAAAUAAUGACAGUUUGCACAGUGCAAUAACAUUCUCUGAGAAUAAUUAGGGAAUUGAUGAUUGAAAUGUUGUGUUAAAUAAAAUAAUUAUCUAUAACUUAAAUUUUUAUUGCAAAAUCAUAGCCUGAUUUCAAGAUAUGAAUUUAUUUUGUCUUUCAAACUGGUGCUAUGAGUUGUUUGAAAGGGUCAGUGAGUGGGAAGGAGAAAUAUCUGUGAAUCGUGUUUAACCAACACAUCUUGCUUACAUUUACUGCUACUUGUUAAUAAUGCCAUGACUAGUACAUAAUGACAAAUGGUAGCAUUGUCAUGAUGCAAGACAUUAACAAGAAUGACUAUUAAAUUUUAAUAGUGUAUUAGAACAAUAGUCAUAUAAUUGCUAUUUCUGUAAAGGAAAUAUGUUUUUUCACUGAAGUUUUGUCAAGAUGUUUUCACCUGCAUAUAAGUAUUGCUUAAAAUUAAAAAAGUUAUUUCUGCCAACAAUUUUUCAAAAUCUGAAAGACCUUUUUUUGCAUUUUUCAAAAUGAAAAAUUGCAGUAUUUAGGUUUAACAAAACAGUGAUCUUUCACUUGUGUAAAGAAUUUUCCUUACAGAUGUCUUAUUACUUAAUAAUAGUUUGUAGGAUGCUUUUUAAUUAGAAGUGUGUGAUAUUUUACAGAAUAUUUUUUGUUACAAUUUGGUGCUUAGAUAGACGGUUUGAUUGUGCUGUAUUGUGUACAAUUUUGUAAUUGCCAAAUUUUGUUUCUUGCAUGUUUAACUAUAUUUUUUGAUCCUGCAGUUUUCUGUGAUUUUUAAGAAUAGAUAAAGAUAGGAAUAAUAAGGACGUGCAAUAUUUGUGAUAUUUUAUACAAGUUUUUAAAAAAAAUCCGAGUUGAAUAGUGUUUGUAUUGUUUAUUACGCUAUGUUUGAUCAUAGAUUGAUAGUAUUUAUACACUAAUUUUUAUUACUUAGUAAUGAAAAUGCACAUCUCUUGUUACAAGGGGCUAUCUUCUAAACAUAUGAAAUAGCAAGCUUAAUGCCUUCAAAUGCAUGAUGACAAAAUUUGUUAUGUAUGAAAACAAAUAUGGGGUGAAGGGAACUAAUUGAUGCAAAAACAGAGUUCUUGUAUCUAUCAAGGGAAAAAAAAGUAUUUCUUCAUUGCUUUCAACAAAGCAUGCAGUAAAAAUGGCUUUAAUAAGAAAUGUUUUCAAUAAUUACAUUUAAGACUUCAAUAAGAAGCUUUAAUACUAUCUAACCUCUGUGAAGGCUUCGUAUUUUGUGUGCACUUUUUGUUGCGCUGCUUUUGAUCAUUAUUACGAGAAACUGAAAAUGAAUAAUUUAGAGAAUGUUUAGUUAUUUCAUUUUCCACAUCUAUUGAAUAACAUAUCAGGAAGCCUUGACACUUAGUGUUUUUUUGUUGUCGAUGCUGAUAAUGACAAUUUUAUUUUAUAUUUACAUUUGCACUGUAUUAUCAACUUGACAGAUACAAGAAAUUUAUCCUUAUAAUUAAUGAAUGUAAAUUUCAUUCUGAAUACAAAUGUAUUUUGUACUAAAAUUCAUUUUAGAUGUCCCAAAGUCUAGCAGAUACAUUUUGUUUGAUCCCUGUAAUAUCUGUGAUAUUGUUUAUAGAAUGCACAAAUUUUAUGCUUUAAAGUAUGUUUCUUUGUAAUUUCUAUUUAUAUAUUUUGUUUUUUUGGUUCUUCUAUAAUUAGUAUAUUAUUUAAUGUAAUUAUUUUUUUAGUUAUUUAGCUAAAUUCUUACUUGUGAUUUAUCGACUCCAUUAAUCUUAUUUACUAUAAAUGGAAGAGUAGUGUGAAAUACUCCAAUAUAUUUUACAAAAUUUUAUCAGAGUGUGACCAUGAAAAAGCUUCACAGAUGAGUAUUAAAUUAAGGUUGUCUUCUAAGACACUCAUUUUCAAAAUUUGUAAAAUUCACUAUGACAUCAAGUCAAGUCAUAUUUUUUAACUAAAUUAUCUUGUUGCAUGUUUUCUGGCUUCAAAUUACACAGCAUUUUAAAAGUUGAUUUAAUGCGUAUGGCAAGACAGAAAACAAUGUAAUACUGAGUAUGUGAUAUAGUAUUGUUACCUUCUUGAAUCAAACUUGCACAAAAACGUCCGUCUAGAGGACAAUAAUCUUUCAAGCAUUAGUGCCAUAAUUCUUUGCAUACCUAGAUCCAAUAGUACCAUAUUUUGUAUUUAUUGUGAAAUUUGUGUUAUAUUAAAACCGAGAAAAAUCUACAUACAUUAAUUUCCAAAUUGUUGAAAGAGACAUUUUCAUUUAAAUGUUAUGUACAAUAUUUUGUGUUUUGCUUUUUCCUUCUGAAAUAAAUUCCUGACAAC